AUGUUCACUCCGUUUGUCGCUGUUCAUGCAGGUGCUGGAUGUCAUUCACUUGCUCGCACUCCAGAAUAUGCCAAUCUACUAGCAAAGAUCACUACUUCCACAAUCCAACUACUCAACUCUGCCUCAUUCGUCAGUGCAGAUGAAGCUGUUGUUUAUGCUAUCCGUCAGCUCGAGUCAUCCUCGCUUACCAAUGCUGGCAUUCCUGGAUCCAAUCUUACCUGUAUUGGCACGGUGGAGUGUGAUGCUGCCAUCAUGACCGAUAGUGUGGAUCCAUUCCACUCCACUCCAGUCUGUAGCUUUGGAUCGGUGGGUGGAGUUCCCAUGACACAGGAAAUGGAAAGUAGGUCUCAAGUCAUUGCAAGUCCUAUCCAGGCUGCUCAGUGUAUUUCCAAGGAUGAUAUGGCCGGACACCAUCCGCGUACUGGUAAAGUUCCACCUAUCAUGAUAUGUGGUGCAUCGGUCCAUGAUUAUGCCUUGAAGCAUCCAUCGUCUACCAUUGAUUGCAUUUCACUUUCAGAUGCUCGCAUGAUGGUAACUGAUCAGCAACUAAAACUAUAUUCCCACCACCAGCACAUUGUAGAUUCAAAGAUGUUGAUGGAUACAGUCGGUGCAGUCAUCAUGGACUCCAAGGGCAAUAUAUCUGCAGGUGUGAGUUCAGGAGGAAUAUCACUCAAAUGGCCUGGGAGAGUGGGUGAGGCUGCCAUCUACGGUGCGGGUGUAUGGGCUCAACGCACAUCUGCCACACUAUCAUCAGAUCUGGGGAUUGGCAUCAGUGUAUCUGGAUGUGGCGAGCAGAUCAUCAAAACACAACUGGCAUCGCGACUAGCAGAUGCAUUGAUAGACAGGGCAGACUCUCAAGAUACGAGCGAAUGCAUCCGUGCAUUCAUUAAUCAAAACGUCGUUGAAUCUCGGCGAUUGAAUCCACGCAAUACAUUGCCUGCUCCUGUUGGAUGCAUUGCUUUAAUAGUAGAACCAAUACAAAAUAAGCAGUGUGGAGAUGAAGGAUCGACUUCAAAUGAACCACAAUCGACAAUGAUCUGCUCGAAUCAAUCUAGUCAACGUUUGCUUUGCGAGAUUUGGUGGGCACAUACAACUCAAACCAUGUGCUUUGCGUAUAUGUCUGGCAAUAGCACUAAGCCAGCAUUUCACAUGUCUAAUCGUGCUGACAGUAAAACUAAUAUUGUUGUUGGAGGUGCCAUGGUUAAAUAA